AUGGCGUCAAUGAAGUUCGGAAAGUCUCGCUCAAAAUCCACCACUACCGUACUUCCGACCUCCCUCGAAAAGUUUGGUUUAUUCCGCUUGAAUCCAAUACCCACACCUCCAAGAGAUGGAGAGUCAUCAUAUAGAAUCGAUGUUGUAGCACUUCAUGGUAUCAAAGGUGAUGCAUACAAUACAUGGACAGAGAAGAAAGGAGAAAAUGAGAAUAUGUGGCUGAGAGAUCAGUUACCCAAUGAGCUACCAGGCGCGCGGAUAUUUUCGUUUGGGUACGAUGCGAAUGUACUGUUUAGUCGUGGGACAGGCGAUAUAGAAGAUUUUGCAACAAAUCUUCUCGAGGAUUUAGUGAGGGAAAGAAAUAACGAGGAGAACAGGAAGCGCCGAAUCAUUUUCAUAUGUCAUAGUAUGGGAGGAAUUGUCAUAAAGAAGGCACUCAUCAAAGCGUUUUCAAGCACCCUCUACAAAAACAUCUUUAAAUCCACAUCCGCCAUCCUCUUCCUGGCCACUCCGCAUGGGGGCUCCGAUCAGACUAAGCUUCCUUUAUCGAUCGCCAAUGUUGCCAACAGCUUUUCCGCGCUUUUAGUGAGAUUUAGUGGUCGCGUGAGAGAUGAGCUGAUUACACCACUUGCGCGAGACUCACCUGUUCUGAGGGACACUCAACAUGAGUUCAAAGAACAGAAACUAUAUGAGGGAUUCAUGAUCGCCAGUUUUCAAGAACAGGUCAUUUGUACAGGAUUGAAGGGAUUGGUGGUUGAUAAGGAGAGUGCGAUAUUGCACAUUCCAGACGAAAGGGUGAUACCAAUGAAUCGUCAUCAUCGAAACAUUUGCAGAUUUAGUGGGCCGGAAAGCAAGUCAUACCAGAGAGUGUGGGGUAUCCUGAAAGAAUUUGCAGAUGAAGCUAAUAAAAUGGUCCCAGAUGAGCUCACAGCUGAGGACAAAGCUGUCUUAUCCGCCAUACAAUAUUCCGAAAUGGCACAAAGACGUCACGAUGCGAACCGUGCCCAUCCAACUACUUGUUCCUGGAUCUUCAAAAACCGUGCCUACCUUGAUUGGAAAGACGCUCAUCGUAGCUUGAUUUGGAUCACAGGCAAACCAGGUGCAGGCAAAUCCACCCUUAUGGCAUAUAUCCUCUCAAAUUUUCGUCCUCGCGAUCCUCGCCAGCUAGUUUUAAACUUUUUUUUCCAUGGUCGCGGUUCCCCUCUUCAACAAAGUCCCGAGGGGAUGUACAGAGAAUUGCUGUAUCAACUCUAUUCUCAAGCAUCCUCCAUUCGCGACCAGCUUCGGAAGUCCUUUACCGAGAAGAUGGCACUUAGACAAUCAGAGGACGGUUGUGUUUGGGCUACAGAUGAGUUGAGAGACUGGCUAUUCAUUACCAUCACCUGGAUAGCAAAAACAACCCCUGUUGCAAUAUUUGUCGACGCACUUGAUGAAGCAGGUGAUGAUAAUGCGAGAAAUCUGAUUGGAUAUUUUGACGAUAUGCAAAAGACAAUAUCCAGAGAAGGUGGAUUCUUAAGAAUUUGCAUUGCCUGUCGACACUACCCGAAUGUCACAUUAAGUGAUGGUUUUGAGGUCAUUGUGGAGAACGGUAAUAAGCAAGAUAUUGCAAUUUAUGUUCAUGAGGAACUUAGUUCUAAAUUCCGACUUUGGGACGAUGACCCAGUGGCAAUCGAGGGGAGGAAAACUAUGGAAAACGCGAUUGUCAAGCAAUCUAAAGGAGUCUUUCAAUGGGUGAAACUUGUGGUUCCAAAGGUUGCCUAUGACUUGAAUGAAGGGGCGAGUUUAAGAGAUAUUCAUGAUAUGUUGGGAAAGGUACCGAAUGAUUUAGGUCGCGUCUACAAAGAUAUCCUCACUAAUGUCAUUAAAGCUAAUUAUCGAUCCAAGACAUUAUUGUUGAUGCAAUGGGUUGCUCUAGCAUUACGGCCCUUGAGUUUAAUCGAGCUCCGGUUUGCACUGGUCUUGGAUAAACCGCUUCAUGAGGGACAGAUGAGCUGCCGAGAUAGCAAAGAUUUUGUCGAAACAGAUGCGAGAAUGAAAAUUUUGACGAAAAGUUUAUCCGGUGGACUUAUCGAAGUAGUUCUUUACACCUCCGGUCAGUAUGUUGUACAGUUCAUCCAUCAGACUGUAGUUGACUUCAUGACCUCUGAGGGUUUAAAGUUCUUGUUUGCUGCUGUAGAAGAACCCAGCUCCGAGGGGUUGUUGCAGCACAUAAUAGAGCUAUCGGACGAUGAAAUUGUAGGAAAAAGUCAGGAUAUAUUGGCAAGGACUUGCACAAAUUACUUUAGAUCCGGAGAACUUUCUCGGCAAAUAAAGUGUGAAGAGUUAACCCCUAGUGAGCUGGACGAUCAAUACGAGAGAUACGCUUUCGGUGUUUACGCUCAUGAGUCGUGGUUGAAACAUGCAGAACUGGCUGAGAGGCGGAGGAUCCCACAAGAUGGCAUUUUACAGGAUAUCGAGACUUACGGUUUGCUGAAAAUCUGGCUGAACUUUUCUCAUGCACCACCCGAAUCAAAUUAUUUCGGAUACGACGCCCCGGACGAAGUGAAACUAUUACAUAUAUUCGCUGCCGCCAAUCUCCAGGGGCCUACUAGAAUUCUUCUCGGGAGAGGCGUUUCCGCGAUGGCUUCUAACUCAUGCAAUACGACGGCGAUGCACUAUGCUGCUUCCAAUGGACAUGUCGAAUUGGUCCAACUACUUAUAGAUGCUGGUGCUGAUGCUUCUAUAAGUCAAUCGGAUGAUAAUCGCAACAUGCCUCUAGAGUUAGCCGCUAGAAAGGGACAUGAGAAGGUCGUGUCACUUUUACUCAAAAAGGGCGCCGACAUUGAUGGAGACUCUGUAGGUGCUAAUGCGUUGCAGGCAGCCGCUAGAGCUGGAAUGAAAGAUAUGGUUCGGUUUUUGUUGAGAGCUGGCGCAGCAGUCAAUGCACCAAACAGAAUUAAGGGAGAUGCUCUCCAGACUGCAGCGAGCGAGGGCAGGAUUGAAAUCGUCAAACUUUUAUUGGAAUACGGUGCCACUUUUCAGGAACAUGAGAACUCUCUAUUUGGUAAUCCACUUUCAGCGGCAGCUCAUAAGGGUAGCUACAAACUUGUUGAGUUAUUCUUAGAAAUGGGAAUUUCAAUUAACCUUUCUGGGGGGCGGUACGGCAAUCCGCUUCAAAGUGCGGUGAAUGCUCAGCAUCUUCAUCCAAACAUCGACUUCAUACGCUACCUCGUUUCCAAAGGCGCCGAUGUCAAUGUCCAAGGAGGGCAGGAUGGAUCUGCUUUGCAGGCCGCUGUUAGCAGACACGGGCGCCCGCUUAAACCUCACAUGUUAGAAAUCGUUCAUUUAUUACUGAAAAAGGGAGCAGAUGUAAAUAUUGGGGGUGGAGCAGUAGGAGGGGUGCUUCAGGCAGCUGCCGCGAAUGGUCAUGACGAACUCGUGCAGCUGUUUAUCGAUUCUGGUGCUUCAAUCAAUUCCUCGGAUGGGCUUUAUGGAAGUGCUCUCACAAAUGCUUGUUAUCAUGGACACGAGUCAACCGUGCAGCUUCUCCUUCGAGCCGGAGCCAAGAUAUAUUCAAAUCCAUCACCCGGAAUGUACACUCCAUUGGAGGCAGCUGCCGGGGGAGGUUUUAUUGAUAUCGUCAAAAUUCUUCUCGAUGCUGGAGCCGAUGUUAGUAGUCAAGGGGAAGACCGAAUCGCUCUCCACUCAGCAGUAAGAUCCAAAGCAAUUUUCGAGCUUAUACUCAAUCACGGAGCAGAUAUCAAUGCUUGUGGAGGACGAUACGACAAUGUUUUACAAGCCGCAGCAAAAGAAGGGAAUUUGGAAACUAUAGCGAUAUGUUUGGAUCAUGGAGCUGACAUCAACAAGAACGGUGGAGGAUUUGGCAAUGCACUUCAGGCCGCCAUAAUUGGCGGAGAGGAGGCUUUUAGAUACUUAUUGGGUCGAGGAGCAGAUCCUUGUCUGACAGGAGGCAAGUUCGGCACUGCUCUCCAGACUGCUGCAUGUCAAGGAGCAGUAGGAAUAGUUAAAACCUUACUUGACCUAGGUGCAACAGAUGCGGAGGGAGGCUUCUGGGGCAGUGCUCUGGAGGCCGCUGAGCAUGUUGUGGGUAAUUCGGCGGAUAAGGAGAUCAUAAUAAAUUUACUCAUCGAACGAGGUGGCGGUAUUAGGUUACCGCUUCCAACAAGAUGA